UUUUAUAAAAUGUGUGGAAUAUUUUGCUGCAUUUCGAAAUCAUCACAAGUACAUUCAUGUAUAAAAAGUUCCAAUCUUAGACAGCUGCUUGAGAAUCGAGGUCCCAAUGCUACACGAAUUAAGGAAUGUAGUAACGCUACAUUUGGAGGAUUUGUUCUGUGGCAUCAAGGAAUUGAACUUUGCAUUCAACCAGUGGAAUCCGAGUCACACCUUCUACUCUUUAAUGGAGAUAUAUUCAACAUAAAUAAUUUUGAGUUGCAGGGAAAGUCCGAUUCGGAAUGGAUUUUUGAAAAAUUAUCGAACGCAAUGGACGAAGUUGAACUUAUAAAUUGCUUUAAAGCCAUCGAGGGACCAUACAGUAUUAUAUUUUAUGAUAAAGUCAACAGAAAUAUUUACUUUGCAAGAGAUUCCCUUGGACGAAAUUCUCUUAUUAUUGAAAAUAAUAAUGAGCAUUUUCGGUUACUGAGUACAGCUUGUAUCACGAACAUUGAAAAUAAUACCAUGGAACUUCCACCGCUGGGAAUUUACAAAAUAAAUGAAAAUGAUUUUCAGGGCUGUUGUCUGUUUCCCUGGCGAACUCCAGAUGAAUACUGCCAUGUACAUUUAGAACAAUUAGAAAGAUGCUGUAAUUUAGGAAUUCAAAUCAAGCAACAUUCUGAAUGUCAGAGGUCCUUAAACGAACUAUGUCUUAAAAAGUAUAAUUUUAACUUUUACGACAUGGUGGAUGGUAAAUAUUCAAAUACAUCGGAACUGUAUGACAUUCUUUUAAAAAAUAAUGAUAUUAUUAAUGCCAUAAAUGAGUUUUCGGAACUUAUAGAAGAAUCUGUGAAAAAACGUGUACAAUAUACCACUAAGUAUUGUAACUUAUGCUUAGAAAAGAAAACGACGCCAUGUGCGCAUUCAAAAGUUGCAAUUUUAUUCUCUGGUGGCAUUGAUUGCUCUAUUUUAGCCGUAUUGUGUGAUAAAUUUAUUCCGAAAAGUGAUUCAAUUGACUUAGUAAAUGUGGCAUUCGAAAGUACAAGAACAGAUAUUAAUUGGAAUGUACCUGAUAGGAUUUCUGGGAGAUCAUCAUUUCAAAACUUGAUGGAUAUAUGUCCCGAUAGGAAGUGGAAUUUUAUCGAAGUAAAUGUCAGCAAGCAAGAAUUGCAUCAACAGUUAAGCCAACAUAUAAAACAUUUGAUUUAUCCACUCAAUACUGUGCUCGAUGAGUCAAUUGGCUGUGCAUUCUGGUUUGCAUCACGAGCUAUAGGGUUAAAAGAUGCUAAUAAUUGGGAAUCAUCUGCUCGAGUGGUAAUAAUAGGAAGUGGAGCUGAUGAGUUAUUUGGAGGCUAUGUACGACAUAAAAACGCAUAUAUUCGUUAUACUGGGACAGAAGAGGAGAAACAACAAAAUCUUCUUAGAGAAUUAGAGAAAGAUUGGAAUAGAAUUCCAUCACGAAAUUUGGCAAGAGACGAUCGUGUAAUAUCUGAUAAUGGAAAAACACCUAGAGCUCCUUUUAUUGAAGAACACCUUGUUAGUUUCAUCCGUUCAUUAACCCCUAACCAAAGAUGUUGCUUUUUAUUGGAAGACGGCAUUGGCGAUAAAUUAUUUUUAAGACUGUAUGGAUAUUAUAUUGGUUUAAAAAAUUCAGCAUUUUUAAAGAAGAGAGCCAUUCAAUUUGGUUCUAGGAUUGCCAACAAAAAACAAAAUGCUGCAGAUCGCUCCUCGUACAUGUAAAUUAUUAUCCUAUGAUUUUUUUAAUAACAAUAAGGAAACAAUUCCGAGGGAUUUACCUGCAAUUUGGAUUCAUUUCCAAUAAAUAAUCUUAUUAAAUAAAUUAGAUUUUUCUCAAAAAUGUACAAAUUUGUUUAAACAUUCUUUAAUAAAACAAUACGUAUACAAUAUUAAAAUAAA